GGCCGCCAUUUUUUGAUGGAACAAAUUACUCCUAUUGGAAGGAGCGAAUGAGGAUUUUUGUUCAAUCAAACAACUUCAAAAUUUGGCUUGCUAUCAAGAAUGGAGAUAGCUUGCCGAUGAAGAAGAUAGGCGAUACACUCAUCCCGAAGGACGAGGAUGAAUAUGAUGAAGCCGACUUCAAGAAGGCUCAAUUAAAUGCCACCGCCAUCAACUUCUUGUACUGUGCGGUCAACGCCAACGAUUAUCAAAAGAUAUCUCGUUGCCAAACCGCCAACGAAAUGUGGAACAAGCUCAUGAUCACAUACGAAGGUACGCCUCAAGUUCGUGAAUCAAAAAUUGAUUUACUAACCCAUGAAUAUGAGCUAUUUGCUAUGAAAGAGAACGAACUUGUGGAGGACAUGUUUAGAAGAUUUUCAAACAUCGUCAACGACCUUGAUAUGCUUGGAAAGACGCUCACCGACAAGGAGUUAGUGAGGAAAAUCCUGCGAAGUCUAACCAAGGAAUGGGAGUCAAAGGUUAAUUCCAUCUACGAAGGCCGAGAUUACAAUGUUAUCACAUACGACGGUCUCAGAGGAAAGAGAAAAGAGGUCUUAACUCCAUUGUUAUACCAAAGGAAGAAGAAGGAGAAACAAGAAGAGGUGUUCAAGUCCAAAAUCCAGAAUCCAAAACGCAGCAGCAACUUCUUCGUCAAUUCUGAACUUUCGGAGGUUAUUUUCAAGAAGAUUGGGCAUAGGAAGCUCGAAGUUGAUAGGGGUGACUGUACGUUGAACGUUCGUUGAGGCGUAUUAUUUUCUUUCUAUAUAUCAUUCCGACCUCUACGAUAUCAAGGCGAGUACAUUGCACCCUAGUAACGCAAUCCUUGGUUGAAUAUAAAUCUAGAUAUAUCGUUAGGAUUGAUUGUCAUAUUAUAAGUCAUUUAUGCUUUAAGAUCAAACUCACCAAACUCAUAAAAGUUAAAAUAUGUUUUUCUUGAUACUUUUUCUUACAUAAAUAUAUAAGGGUUAGGAAU